AUGAAUCAGAACGGGUUCGCUCCCGAUUCUUUCUUACCCAUCCUCUACCACCGCUGUCCAUCUGCACUUUACUUUCUCGUCGUUAUGCGUUUGAUCAUACGUGAAACUCCUCCCUCUGUUGGCGACUAUAUCGCCCAUUACAUCUGUAGACGCAUAAACGAUUUCGCCCCUACUGCCGAGAAACCUUUUGUCCUUGGCCUGCCGACAGGCUCUUCGCCUAUACCUACAUACAAGGCCCUUAUCAAGCUUGUCAAAGACGGAAAAUUAUCCUUCAAACAUGUCGUGACUUUCAACAUGGACGAGUACGUUGGCCUUCCCAAAGACCAUCCGGAGUCAUACCACACCUUCAUGUUCCGUGAAUUCUUCUCUCAUGUCGACAUACCUCCUGCGCAAGUCCACAUCCUGAACGGAAAUGCCAUAGACCUCAUUGCCGAGUGCAACUCUUAUGAAGAGAAAAUCAAAAAAUACGGUGGUAUUGAACUGUUCCUUGGUGGUAUCGGAGAGGAUGGCCAUAUCGCUUUCAAUGAACCUGGAUCUUCCCUCGCGUCCCGAACUCGUAUCAAGACGCUUGCGUACGACACUAUCCUCGCUAAUGCACGUUUCUUCAACAACGAUAUCAGUGCUGUGCCGCACAUGGCUUUGACUGUUGGCGUCGCCACAGUCCUAGAUUCUAGAGAGAUCGUUGUUGUCGUUACCGGACAGCGGAAGGCUUUGGCUCUGAGCAAAGCAAUUGAGGGGGGUGUAAACCACUUGUGGACCCUCUCCGCGCUUCAAUUGCACCCCUGGGCUCUUAUCGUUGUGGAUGAGGAUGCGACCGCUGAGCUCCGCGUGAAGACCGUCAAGUACUUUAAAUCUAUCGAACGUGUGCAAGACGAAGUAGAGGCUACUCAGCGUGAGCUCAAAGCCAAGGGCAACGUCCCAGUGCCCCAAGUUGGUAGCAUGGAGUGA